AUGGCAGUACACCAUUUUCGCCCCUAUUUGCACGGCAACAAGUUCCUCCUGCGCACAGAUCAUGCCUCACUGACCUGGCUUUUAAGUUUCAAGCAGCCAGAGGGACAAGUAGCUCGUUGGCUGGAAGUUCUCCAAACUUACGAUUUUGACAUUCAACAUCGCCCUGGACAACAACACAAUAAUGCGGAUGCCCUGUCACGACGCCCGUGUGUUAUAGCAGAGUGUCGUUACUGCGAGCGCCAGGAAGAGCGGGAUCGGGACAAGCCGAGGGUUUCCACUGCCACAAUUAACCCCCCUGAUGACCUGUCUUCAGAACAGCUGCAGCAACAGCAAGAGUCCGAUACCACCCUGGCCCUGAUCAGGAAGUGGCUGGAACUGCCCAGACGUCCUGAAUGGCCGGCAGUCUCCCCCCAUGGCACUGAUAUUAAGGCCUAUUACUCUCAGUGGGGAAACAUUGAGCUUCGUAACGGCUUGCUGUUCCGGAGGUCCUUCAGAGUGUGCACGGUUCAAUCGGCUCAGGCCACUUUGGCAUCUCCAAGACCCUCCAUCGGCUUCGGGGACGUUUCUACUGGCCCGGCUGCCGACAGGACGUGGAAAUACAUGUGCAUUGCUGUGAUUUGUGCACUGCUCGGAAAGGUCCCACCCAGCGCUCACAUGCCCCCCUUCAGCAAUACCUGGUCGGGGCUCCAAUGGAACGAGUAG